AUGGAGGAUUUGGUGAAGAUGGCACCUUUUCGAGGACGAGGACGAGGACGAGGUCAGUCACGUGGUCGUGGUGGCAGCUUUAGAGGAGGACGACGUGGGAGUAGAGGUGGACAGCCUGGUGGCAAAUUGGCGAGGAGUGGUAUACGCACACGGGCAGGGUAUCGCAAGUUCGACAGUCAACGAGUCAAAGAUGUCGACUCGGACAGUGAGGAUGGGGUGCCAGAAGCAGAGGAAGGAGUGGAGGAAGACGGCGGUGGAAUGAGUGACGAUGAGGAGGAAGAAGUCGUACCCAAAGUCAAGGCGUAUAACGCACUUUUAUCAGGCUUCAAGCAGCAGCAGAAUGGCGACCAAGAAGGAAGCAGGAAACGGCGGAAGAUUGAAGUGUCUGUACCAGAAGAUGGCGCCGAUCUUGACGAAGAGAGCUCGGUAGCAGGUGACGACACUUUGCUGGACUCGAGCGAGGGCGAGGGCGAGGACGAGGACGAGGACGAGGACGAGGACGAGGUGGAUGCAGCUGAUGCAGUUGAGGAGAUCAACGGCGACGAUGCUGAAGACACGUCAGAUCCAUACGAAGUGCACUUUGCUAGUGUGGACGAAGACGAAUUAUCUCGACGUCUUAAGAGUAUUCAAAGCAAUGCGUGGCGAACAGAAAAGCAAGCUGUACCCGGCAUUGGCACCUUCACCAUGCUCACUCCCCAAGGUGUGCCCGACUGGACAGCACGACAGUCGCACAUACGCUCUUCCAGCGAUCUGCCGCUCAAGAAGAGGCUGGCUGAUGCAUCUGCGAAGCGAUUAAAGGAUCUAGACCAGACUCAGCAAGCGAUGGCACCCUGCCUUUUCAACUAUACCGAUCUACUCAUCACAAACCGAACACCAAGCAAUGCCUCCAGCCUACGGUCGCUAGCAUCUCUGCAUGCUCUCAACCACGUGCUGAGAGGUCGAGACAAAGUCUUGAAGAAUUCAGAUCGUAUAUCUCAUGCUGAGAACCCAGAUCUGCUAGACCUGCGAGACCAAGGCUUUACCAGACCGAAAGUCCUGAUCUUGACCGAGACAAGACAAAUGGCGUACCACUACGGUGUAGAGAUGAUCGAGCUCUUCCAGCCCGACCAAGUGGAGAACAAACAACGCUUCCAAGACGCCUUCUCCGCUCCAAUCGACGAACACAGCAACAUGCCAGAAGACUACCACGAACUCUUCAGCGGCAACAACGACAACAGCUUCUUCACCGCCCUGAAAUUUACCCGCAAAACUAUCAAAUUCUUCUCCGCCUUCUACGCCAGCGACAUCAUCCUCGCCUCCCCCCUCGGCCUGCGCCGCCUCAUCGAAAACGAAGACAGGAGGAAAGCGGACCACGACUUCCUCUCCUCCAUCGAAGUACUGAUCGUAGACCAAGCAGAUGCAAUGCAAAUGCAGAGCUGGGAGAACCUGGCCAUCGUGCUCCAACACCUCAACCUCGAGCCCACGGACUCCCACGGCGCGGACUUUAAUCGCGUAAGAUCGUGGUAUCUGAACGGGCAGGCAAAGUAUCUGCGUCAGACGAUCGUGUUGACAGCUUAUCUCACACCAGAAACGAAUCGCCUUUUCAAUACCUGGAUGCUGAAUUGCGCGGGUAAAGCCAAACUCACCUCUCCAUACCCAGGCGCACUCAUAUCCCCCGCUAUGGCGGAAAUGGCAGGUAUCAAACAAACCUUCUCCCGCUUCGUCUCGGCCUCUCCGGCUGCAGAUCCAGAUGCACGGUUCAACUACUUCACCACCGCCAUCUUACCCUCCCUUCUCCGGCUUCCGAAACCAGCCGAGGGCCAAGGUGGGAGGGGCGUCUUGGUCUUCGUCCCCAGCUACUUCGAUUUCAUCCGCGUGAGGAACUUCUUCGCCACGAGCACGCUGAUGCAGAACACGAGUUUCGGCGCUAUCCACGAUUAUACAUCUGUCCCGGACCAGCGACGCGCCCGCUCGCAUUUCUUGUCUGGGAGGACUGGUAUUCUGCUCUAUACACAGCGGGCGCAUCAUUUCUUCCGGCUGAGGAUCCGAGGGGUGAAGAGGGUGGUCUUUUAUGGUUUACCUGAUAAUGGGACGUUUUAUGAGGAGAUUGUUGGGGGGUUUCUGGGGCAGAGUUUGAGGGAGGAGAGGUGUUCGGUUGCUGAGAUGGGGGUUAGGGUGUGCUUUGGGAAGUGGGAUGGGCUUGCGUUGGAGAGGGUUGUGGGGAGUGAGAGGGUUAGGGGAUUGUUGGGUGGGAAUGGGGAUACGUUUGACUUUUUUUGA